ACAAGCGGGCGGCCACUCUGCCGUCCAAGUAUGACGGGAAAGGGGACAUCACCUCUUGGAUUAGCUCCAUGCGCUCAUACUUCGAGGUACUGCGAACACCGCAGGAAGACCGAAGCAUGAUCAUGGGCACAAAUAAUGAGCCCGCCGUACGGAGUUUCAUAGAACUCCAAGCUGUUACAGCAGGACUGUUAUCGUCUGCAGGGAAACAAGCAAAGGGCGUAGAAGAGUCAUCAACACUCUCUACAACAAGGGAAGCUGAACCAUCAGUUGCAGGCCCCUCCAAUGAGCCUGAAUCUGAUCAACAGCCUACUCUUGAAGCCCGGAACGACGCUGAAUCCAAGGCUGCUGCAGUUCAAGUAUUGUACACUGAGCCUUGGGAGGAAUCUAAGGAAGUUGACUUCCAUGCUCACCUGGAACAUUGGCUGCAGCUCAAGCAGCAACGCCGUGUUCAAGGGAGUGUGGAGCUAACCUUCUUUAAGCUGCUCAUUAACCGCCGAUACAUCCGCGCGCUGAUUGAUCGUGGCUCAACAACCAAUUUCUUUUCUCCUAACGGGAUUCGUAAGGCGGGCCUGGGAAUGAAGCAAGUGGAGUUGCAGAACCCUUGUCAGACCCAGGUGGGCAACCAAGAGGUUGUCACCUCAACACAUGCUGUCAAAGGUGUGCGCGUCACUUUUGACAAAGAUCGCACUGUCACACAUGAGCUGAACUUUUAUGUCAUGGACAAGUGUCAGUUCGACGCGGUCAUUGGUUUGGGCUGGUUAAAGGCUCAUUGCCUAAGGACCACGUGGGCGGAUAAUCAGUUCGUGGUGCGUGAUGCCAAGGGGAACGAGCGUACCGUUCUAUUGGACGAGACGCGCGAGUCCCCUGUGACUCUUUUGAGUGCGAACAAAUUCUGCAAAUCAGUGCGCAGACGCAAGGAGGCUGAGCAUGUACAUAUAGCUCUUGUAAAGCCUCUCCAUGUGCCUUCUACUUUUGCUGCAUUUUCUACCUCGGAAGGUAAAUCUACUUCUACCACCUCUACUUGUAGUCCCUCUACUUCUACUGUGAAUAAUCACCCUACUUCUGAUCCAAGUACUUCGAAUCCAGUUGUAAUUGUUGUAAAUUCUCGAUCUGAUUUUCUUUCUCCUGAUGAGGAUGAUCCUCCACCGGAAGUCCCAACGAACAUUCGUCGUCUAUUAGAUCGAUUCCCUGAAGUUCUGACCGGACCUCGUGGAGUUCCCGAGCGUCCGGUCAAACACAAGAUCGAGAUAAAAGAAGGGAGUGUUCCUCCAAAGGGUUGCGUCUACCGUAUGGGACAAGGCGAGUUGGAGGAGUUGAGGAGACAAAUUGAUGACAUGAUCGAUCGUGGAUGGAUUAGGCCUAGUGAGUCUGAGUUCGGUGCACCUGUCUUGUUUGUACCGAAGAAAGGAGGCAAACUCCGGAUGUGUAUUGACUAUCGUGGCCUGAAUCGGAUCACCAGAAAGAAUGCUUAUCCUUUGCCUCGCAUAGAUGAUCUGCUAGAUGCGGAAGGUGGGUGCAAUGUCUUCUCCAAGAUCGACCUCAAGUCUGGUUACCACCAGAUUGAAGUUGAUCCGAGCGACCAGCUGAAAACUGCAUUCAAGACACGCGAUGGGCUGUACGAGUUUAUCGUUAUGCCCUUCGGUCUUACGAAUGCACCAGCCACAUUUCAGUGCCUCAUGGACAAGGUUCUUCGCCAUCAGCUUAACAGGUUUGUUGUUGUUUACCUCGAUGACAUCCUGAUUUUCAGCAAGUCCAUGGAACAGCACGUCAAGCACCUUGAGGAAGUUUUGCAGGUCCUCAAGGAGGCACAACUGCACCUCAACUUGGAGAAAUCUGAGUUUGGAAGGGACAACUCCUCUAUCUCGGGCACCGGUUGUCUGCAAACGGCCUUGAGCCGGAGGCAACCAAGGUUGAGGUCAUCCGAAAGUGGCCUCAACCAGCGAACGUACGCGAACUGCGUUCUUGUCUUGGUCUGGCCUCAUAUUAUCGGAAGUUUGUGCCCAAAUUUUCUGUCAUUGCUCACCCACUCUCGAGACUAACAAGUAAGAAUGUUGCCUGUGCGUGGUGUGAGAAAUGUGAGACUGCGUUCCAAGCCCUGAAAGAGGCAUUGUUAGCUUGAUUUUCAUGAGUGCGAGGGUCUCGUAUUCCGCCGGUAUGGGAAGUUUGAUCGUUUGUGUGUACCCAACCAUGUGCCUCUCCGAACUCAUUUCUUGGAUUUGGCACACGGUCGGAGUGGACAUUUCGGCUUUGAGAAGAAUUAUGGAAGUCUUCUGCAGCAGUUUGAUUGGCCGGGAAUGAAAGGAUCAGCUCAGA